AGAUCAAAGUCCAGCAGGCUGCCAACGGGCCCCGUGGUCCCUGGAGCCUAACCGCUAGGUAGACCGGCAGAGUGCCAGCAGAGCUCAAUGCUCGUGUUCUGACGGCCGGAUCCACGGCGGGCUGGGGUCCGCCCUUGAAGAUGGACGGGUGUGGAUAUUAGGAGAAACGCAAACCAGGGAGGGAAGACUGCGGGGGAGUGGGGCGUUACAGGGGGGUCUGGCAGGGUCUCUGGCUUUGCUCCCGUGGACACCGGCUGUGUGUGUGUGUGUGUGUGUGUGUGUGUGUGUGUGUGUGUGUGUGUGUGUGUGUGUGUGUGUGUGUGUGUGUGUGUGUGUGUGUGUGUGUGUGUGUGUGUGUGUGUGUGUGUGUGUGUGUGUGGUUUCGUUCCACUAUGGUGCUGGUCCACUGCAUGCCUUUCCAAUGUAUCUGCCGGAGGCCGGACUCGGACCCAGAGAACCAGGAGGCUCCGUCGGUGGACCAGGUGCGAGAGCUGCUCCUGCGGCAGGAAGAGGCGUCGCCGACGGCCAGCGGCGGCGGCAGCGGCAGCCAGCCCUCCUCCCCGGCCGACUGCUCCUCCUCGCCGACCUCGCUCACGUCGCAGGCCGACGACCCGGCGCCCCCCCGGCGCAGGGCGGCCCGCCCGCGGCCCCGGCCCAUCUCGGACUACGGCCAGCUGGUGUCCCGGCGCUACCCGGUCCCGGAGGAGGGCGCCGAGCUGUCUCCUAGCGACUGGUCCCGAGAGCGCCCGCAGCGGCACCACAGCACGGACGGCGCCGGGGGCUGUUGGUCCGAGGGCGGUGCCGAGGGCGGCCCCCCGAAGCAGAGGCCCGUGUCGGUGAUCGGGUCGGGGGAGGGGCGGUGCUCGCCGGACCAGAGGGACGCGGGCCUUCCGUCCCCCCUGCCUCGCCCGCCCCUCCCGUCCCAUGACGUGCCCCCCUACCGGGCUGCGUCGGCCCGCCUCCGGCCGUCCUCUGCCUUCUCCCAGAGCACGCCCAUCGGCCUGGACCGCCUGGGCCGGCGCCGGCUGCACAGGGUCCUGAGCGGCGGCGUGUCCGAGGGCCCUGCGUUGCUGGACGGCAGCAUCAGUGAGGAGGAGGGCAGCUUUGACGAGCUGAUGGAGGUCACGCCCUACCUGCAGCCCGGGGUGGAUCUCUCCCUACUCAACCAGUGGAUCAGCUCGGGCCAUGCGGUCUAUGCCGAGGCUCUGUGGGACCACGUCACCAUGGGGGAGCAGGAGCUGGCCUUCGAGGCAGGGAACGUGAUCCGCGUGCUGGACGCCUCCCAUGAGGACUGGUGGUGGGGCCGCAGGGCGGAGCAGGAGGCCUGGUUCCCCUCCACCUUCGUCAGGGUGCGUGUGAACCAGGAGGACUUUAGCUCUGAGAGCGUAGCGAACCAGGAGGGUCUGGCCCAGCUCCGAGACCCCCACAGCCUGCAGCACCUGGACCAGAUGAGGACCAACGUGGUCCAGGAGAUCAUGAACACGGAGCGCAUGUACAUCAAGCACCUCCGGGACAUCUGUGAGGGGUACAUCCGGCAGUGCCGUAAGCACCCCACCAUGUUCACGGAGCCCCAGCUGCUGACCAUCUUCAGCAACAUCGAGGACAUCUACCGCUUCCAGAGGCAGUUCCUGCGCGAGCUGGAGAGCAAGUACAACAAGGAGCAGCCCCACCUCAGUGAGAUUGGCUCCUGCUUCCUGUCCCAGGAGGAGGGCUUCUCCAUCUACUCUGAGUACUGUAACACCCACCCGACGGCCAGCGCCGAGCUCCACCGCCUCAUGAAGAUGGGCCGCUACAAGCACUUCUUCGAGGCCUGCCGGCUGCUGCAGCAGAUGAUCAACAUCUCCAUCGCUGGCUUCCUGCUCACGCCUGUCCAGAAGAUCUGCAAGUACCCGCUGCAGCUGGGCGAGCUGCUGAAAUACACCCCCGCGGACCACAGUGACUACGGCGGGGUGAGCAGUGCGUAUGGCGCCAUGAAGAACGUGGCCAGUCUGAUCAACGAGAGGAAGCGGAGGCUGGAGAGCAUCGACACCAUGGCCCAGUGGCAGGUCUCCAUCCUGCAUUGGGAGGGGGCCGACGUGCUGGAGCGCAGCUCGGAGCUGAUCCACUCGGGGGAGCUGACCCGCGUGGCCCUGCAGGGGGCGAAGAGCCAGCAGCGCUUCUUCUUCCUGUUUGACCACCAGCUGGUGUACUGCAAGAAGGACGUGCUGCGGCGCGACCUGCUGCACUACCGCGGCCGCCUGGACAUGGACCAGACGGAGGUCCAGGAGCUGGCGGACGGCCGCGACCCCGGCCUGGGCCUCACCCUGAGGAACGCCCUGCGCCUGCGCAACGCCUCCACCCUGGAGGGCCUGUGCAUCCUGUGCUGCCGCAAGCCCCAGGACAAGCAGCGCUGGCUGGACGCCUUCGCCCGCGAGAGGCACCGCGUGCAGGAGGACCAGGAGAUGGGCAUGGAGAUCAGUGAGGAACAGAGACAACUCGCUAUAUUCAACGCCAGGAAACUCAAACAAGGGAAGAUCAAAGCCAUUGGCUACUCCGGUUCGGUCCCGCCCCACCACCAAAGCCACCAGCAGAACCUCCACCCGCUCCACCAGCGUCACGUUACCGUACCGACCAGCGUGCCCCAGCAACCCGUGUUCUCAUUGGCCGAGCCCCCCAAGCGAAAGCCCGCCCACCUGUGGCACUCCAUCACACGGAGUACCCUCUUCAAGAAGUGAUCCCCCCGCCCUUCCUCAUCUCUGCCUCCUCAUCCUCGUCUGGGAGGCCCCUCCCCUAAACCGUCCACCAGUCACGAAGACCACUUUAUGUUGAUGAUCUUUUUAAAAGCUCCCUGUGAAUGUGUUAGUAUUUUAUUUAGCUCGUGCCUCGCUGGCCUUAACAACUCUGUUGUUCCAGUGCCUAAACAUCACUGAUUGCCUUCCCUGUUCCCUCUGUCUGCUGGGUUUGUCUGUCGUCUGUGGUCCUAAUUGUCGUUGUUCAAGAGAUUCCUCUGCCCUGUUGUGCGUUAAUGCUUGUGUAUUUAAACGUUAAUUGUGACAAACAAUGUAUAGUCCGCUUUUUAAAAGUCAAACUACUUUUCCUUGAUUUCAGAAGUAUGUAUGUGGCCUGGUUCGGUUGUGUUCGUCAGCACUGGACACAGCCCGGGCAGCCUGAGAGCUGAACCGGGCCCAGCCCAGCCUGUUAACACUGUAAAUAAACUGUGUACAAAAGUAUUCACUAGUGAUAAA